GGCGGGGGGCCCGUGGCGGAUGGAGCCAGCGAUGGAGCCGGAGACUCUAGAGGCGCGAAUCAACAGAGCCACGAACCCCCUGAACAAGGAGCUGAACUGGGCCAGCAUCAACGGCUUCUGCGAGCAACUCAACGAGGACUUUGAGGGGCCUCCACUUGCCACCCGCUUGCUGGCCCACAAGAUCCAGUCCCCGCAGGAGUGGGAGGCCCUCCAGGCCCUGACGGUGCUGGAGACAUGCGUGAAGAGCUGUGGCAAGAGGCUCCACGACGAGGUGGGCAAGUUCCGCUUCCUGAACGAGCUCAUCAAGGUCGUGUCUCCCAAGUACCUGGGCUCCCGGACGUCAGAGAAGGUGAAGAACAAGAUCUUGGAGCUGCUCUACAGCUGGACAAUCGGCCUUCCUGAGGAAGUGAAGAUCGCAGAGGCCUACCAGAUGCUCAAGAAGCAGGGGAUUGUGAAGGCUGACCCCAAGCUUCCAGAGGGCGCCAUCUUUCCUGUCCCUCCUCCUCGGCCCAAGAAUGUGAUCUUUGAAGAUGAAGAGAAAUCCAAGAUGCUGGCUCGCCUGCUGAAGAGCUCCCACCCCGAGGACCUCCGGGCAGCCAACAAGCUCAUCAAGGAGAUGGUGCAAGAGGACCAGAAGCGGAUGGAAAAGAUCUCAAAGCGAGUGAAUGCCAUAGAGGAGGUCAACAACAACGUGAAGCUGCUCACUGAGAUGGUGAUGAGCCACGGCCAGGGCGCCUCUUCCAGCAGCAGCGAGGAUCUCAUGAAGGAGCUGUACCAGCGCUGCGAGCGGAUGAGGCCCACACUCUUCCGACUGGCCAGCGACACAGAAGACAAUGACGAUGCUUUGGCGGAGAUCCUGCAGGCCAAUGACAACCUCACCCAGGUGAUCAACCUGUACAAGCAGCGGGUGCGGGGCGAGGAGGUCAACGGUGAUGCCACAGCCGGCUCCAUCCCUGGGAGCACCUCAGCCCUGCUGGACCUCUCAGGCCUGGACCUCCCUCCUGCAGGCACCACAUACCCAGCCACACCCACCCACCCCGGCAGCCAGGCCAGCCCUGAGCAGCCCAGCACCUCAAUGUCCCUGCUUGACGACGAGCUCAUGUCUCUGGGCCUGACUGACCCUACACCCCCCUCGGGCCCCAGCUCAGAUGGUGCUGGUUGGAACAGCUUCCAGUCGUCAGAUGGCGCUGAGCCUGCAGCCCCCAUACCCAUGCAGGCCCCCAGCACAGACCGCCGGCCCCCAGUGCAGGCUCCUCCACCCGUGAGCAGCGGCCUGGCUGACCUGGACCUCCUGGGGAAGACCCUCCUACAGCAGGCGCUGCCUCCAGAGGCCCAGCAAGUGCGGUGGGAGAAGCAGCAGCCAGCCCCUCGGCUCACCCUCCGAGACCUGCAGAAUAAGAGCAGCUGCACCUCAUCCAACCCCGGGACCACCAGCCUCCUCCACGCCACAUCCCCAGAGCCCCCUGGGCCUCUGCACCAGCCCACACCCACUGAGCUCUCACUAGCCAACAUCACUGUGCCCCUGGAAUCCAUCAAACCCAGCAGCAUCUUGCCCGUGACCGUGUACGACCAGCAUGGCUUCCGUGUCCUCUUCCACUUUGCCCGCGACCCCCUGCCAGGGCGCUCUGACGUGCUGGUAGUGGUGGUCUCCAUGCUGAGCACCGCCCCCCAACCCAUCCGCAACAUCGUCUUCCAGUCAGCUGUCCCUAAGGUCAUGAAGGUGAGGCUCCAGCCACCCUCAGGCACAGAGCUGCCAGCGUUCAACCCCAUUGUGCACCCCUCAGCUAUUACCCAGGUCCUGCUCCUUGCCAACCCCCAGAAGGAGAAGGUUCGUCUCCGCUACAAGCUCAUCUUCACCAUGGGUGACCAGACCUACAAUGAGAUGGGGGACGUGGACCAGUUCCCACCUCCCGAAACCUGGGGGAGCCUCUAGGACAGAGGGGCUGGGGAGAGGAGGGCAGCAGGACUGGUUCCUGUCCAGCCUGGGUGGAGGCUAGGGUGGACUGGAACAUGCUCUGUUCCCCAUGGUCAUGUCCCCCCAACCUGGUGCUUCUCCUCUCCCGUGGCCCCCGAGUGACUUCCCCUCCCACUCCACCUCCUUCCCUGCUGAGCCAAACCCAGCGGAAGGUUGGGCCCAGGGUGUGCUACUUCCAGGGCGCUACUUCCUGGAAGCGUCUGGAGCAGGGAGGAGCUGCACACCCCGGAAGGACUUGGGGUGAGGGAAGAAGCAUGGCCUUUGGGCCCAGCCUGGCCCCAGCCUAGGGUGGGGUCUUCCCCACCUGUCUCUUAUGCCUUACGGGAAGGCCCAGCCAUAACUCAGAGGCCAUGCUGGAGCUGGGACCAGCCCAGGCCUUCUCCACAGGAACCCAGCAACCAGGGGCAGUGCCUGUGCCCCUAGCUGUUUGCACUCAGUGUGUGGUUUGGCUCUUCACUUUUCUUUUGAAGUGGCCCUGUGGCCACAGAGUUGGGGGAGCCACACUUGGCACCUCGUCCUUGGGGGGCUGUCUUUGCUGUCAGGCCUCCUAAGGGGCUAUGGGAACCCGAGGGCGAAGAUAGAGGCAGGUGGUCCUCAGAGGGCUGUGGAGUCCCCAGAGUUCAUCUGUCAGCCACUGCUGUGAGCAUCUCACGUCUGUCCAUCCAUCUGACCAGAAGUGGGGUCAGUGCAAGUGAGAGCAGGAGUAUUUAUGAAAAUAAAAUGACCUUUUCCUGGA